GUUGAUGCCAGUUUUGUGGCUUACGCGGUAAAUUUCGAAGACUGGCUUGGAGAGAACGAUUCUAGUCCCCUACGAGUGUAACGGUCUCUUGAUUCGUUCGCAAGCCUAUUUAUUAUUCCAUCACUGAGAUUUAUUUGACUGUUCGAUUCCAAUGUCAAUAACUGCGCUGUGUGAGUGAUGACAGUGACAUUGCAAGAGAACACACUGCAUCGAUAAGCAGGGAAUCCAUUUGACUGUCACGGACGGACUCGAAUCGGUCCUGAAAUGGAUUCCUGACGAGGAUACACGUUUCUCCUGAAAGGGCUUCCGGAAAGAAUUGAUGAUAAUGACCGAUCGUGACCAUGAAACAUUUCUUGUACGCUUCACUCAGCGACAAAAAUAGUUGUGAUUCUCAAACAUACAAGAUCAUAGAAUUUCAAAGAUCAAGAGGAGUUGUGUUCAAUUUAUAUCUGUGUUUUGACUAUGCAACCAACAAAUUUUUAUUACCAUGAGCUUGGGGAAAGUAAACAAUUUGUGAGGUAUGGUUCACUCAGAGUGUACAAAGCCAGGCUGACAGAAAUUGAAGAUACAGCAACCCUCAGUGACACAGAGGGAUACAGCAAAAACCGUCGCCCUCGCCGGCGUACUACUGGAGGAGCUGAGAUCGCUGAUGAUGUUACAAGAGCAAAGAUGUCAGGAUACUCCAGUGAACCAGAGGAUGCUCAUGGUGGAACACUUAAUAGACAGCAGAUUAUUGCCAUGGUUAAACAGAGAUUUGGUCUAAAUUCAACUGGUAACCCUGCUAGGCCAAAUGUGACCAUCCAUGAAGAGAAAGGACCACCAUCCCCUUCCUCACCAAAACAAAUUCGUUAUGACAGACUUCUGGAACAACCAGGAGCUUACCCUACCCUCCCACGGAAAGAAGAUGCACCACAACCACUCAAUACACCAGGAGUUAUCUACCUACAGUUGGGCGAUGAAAUAAGACGGGCCAUGAUUCCAACCAAUUUGAAUAAAGUAGACCAAGUUCACAGUCUGUUUGAAAACACUUUCACUGAAAAAUUCAAAAGAGAACACAAUAACAACAGAAAGACCAUCUACAUCAAGGAUCCUUCAUGUGGAAUCUUUUAUGAACUGGAGGAUGUUGGUGAUUUAUCAAACAAAACUCACCUGAAGAUCUUAGACUCUGCUCCUCCUAAGCCUAUCCAAAAUGGCCCUGUAUCCAAGCCUGUUACCAGUGCAUCUGUGACGUAUAAUGCUCCAUCAUCAGCAGUCCAUGUCCAGAAACAGUAUAUUACUAGUACACCUUUACCAAACCACAGCCAUGUGAUGCCAACAGACCCCAUGCAAAAUGGUCAAGGUAGUUUCCAGUGGAAAACAACUGUCACCGAGACCCAUACUGUUGAGGGUAAUCCGCAGUCAGUCACACGGACAGCUGUUUCACAGGGUAGUUUGAUGGACAAGAAGAAGGUGCCACUCCCUGGUCUUGGCGCACAACUGUCUCCUGAAAAAAGAAGAGCAAGCAAAGACCAGGCAGUUGAGGACCAGCUUGACACUCUUACUUCAAUGUUACAAGAAGCCCUAACAAAAACCGAAAGCCUUGAUAGCCUACCUGUCAGAAAUGACAGUGCUUCAAGCUCCCAAAGCAGCAUGGCAGAGCAUGGUCCCCCAGAAGGUAAUGGCGUCCAACAUUCUGUAGGGAUUUUAAGCCCUAGCUACAUGUAUAGGUCACGCUUGAGGAGUGAUUCCGGUGCUGAGUCCAUGUCUGACACCCCACCAACACCCCCUGAAGUCAAGCCAAAGCCAGCACACCACCUCCCCACCCCACCCCCCAGAGCAUCCAGCAAGAAUGUGUCUCGAGAAACAUCUAUAAAAUACAGCCAGACCUUACAGAGAGACACACCAAAACGGAACAUCAGCCAACAGUAUGGCACUCUACCCCUACCAUCAUCAUCUGCAACCAAGAAGACUGUCUGGAGCAAUAAUGUGGAGUCUACACCAGUUGCAACCACAAGAUUAGAGAAUUUUUCUGCUGUGUCUAGGGGAUCACCUGUUCAUGUUACGUAUGAGAGUGGUCAUGUGAUUGAUAAAUCAAAGCUAAAGUCCAAAGCCAAUGAUCUGAGGAGUGACAUUCAAAUCCUGAAAGCUCAACUUGGUCAAUUGAAACACAUUCAUAGCUAUCAGGCCAAGUCCUUUGAAGAUAUGAUGAGAAAUGCCAAAGAUCAGAUCCUGUUAAGCAUGCAGAAACUUAGUACAGCUGUUGAGGAUUCCCCUCAACGCAAAGCUAGAAAUAAAGUUCAUGAAGAUGAGAUGAAGUACAUCAAAGCCAAGAAUGAGAUCAACAGAACAAUAAGUGAACUUGAAAGCGAGGUCGAGAUGGUAAGGCUGGAUGUAAUCCAGAAAAGAACAAUUGGGAACCCUGUGGAAGUAGAUAGCAUGAACAGCCAGCUGGCGCUGAUCAGCAGACAAAUAGCAGACCUCAGAAGUCAAUUUACUGAAAUUCACGACAGUAUGAAGAUGGUAAUGGCGUCGGAGUUAGACGUUAUUGUACAAGGAGACAAAUUCCUGAAGGAGGAGCCUUCAAAACUGGACAAUCUCGUCAGUAGAUGUAAACACGUGACUGGGACUUUGUUUACCUUACAGAAGUUAAUGUCAGCUCAGGAACAGAUGAAAAGUGAAAGUCAGAUAUCCUUUAGCUCUCUUGAUGAAGUAGAUAAAGAUCUUAUAGACAGUAUAAGAUCGUCACAUCUCCAUUCAAAACCAUCCAGUGUACAAGAGGAUCCGAGAAUCAAGUCGAAUCGUCCACGUGUAAGAUUCUGUGAUGAAGUGAACUGAACACCUCAUCUCCCACACCCACAACAGAGAAAAAAAGCGAUAAAAAAGCAGGAGAAGCAAACUAGCCUCUUCAUCUGUAAAUGACUAAUAACCUUAACAGAAGGUCAGUAGUGUAUGGGAUGACAGGAAGCUACUGCAAAGAAAGCUACUGCAAAGGAAACUACUGCAAAGCUACAAGAAAUAAAUGGAAGAUGAGAUACAAUACAAUGAGGAGGACAAGACACUUUGCCACGAGUAUGGAGUUCAACAAGUAAUCCGCUCUACUUUAGACUUUCAUUCUUCGUAACUCAUUUCUAUCGUGUAUACAUCCACAAUUUCUAUCAAGUAACUAACAUGUUAUGAAUCUUCUCCUCGUCUUAAAAAAAUUUGAGCUAUUUUGAGAAGCGUUUCGCCUCUUUCUGUAGGAGCUUUCUUUUUAGGGGUUGAGCUGAAAAAUUGGAAAAAGAUUUCGUGACAACUUGCGUGACAGCUCCUAUCACUUCCAAGAGGGCUUGUUCUGCUCGAUGGACAAGAUGCAUCGUGGUCUAGCUUGAGUUCUAUCUUAUGACCGGCGUGCAUCGAUUUUAUGGUGUUGUUUGACCAAUGACAGACCAGAAAGCGCCAUAUUUAACUGAGGUGAUGUCUGAUUGGUAAACCGCCUUCACUGAGGUAAAACGCUUCUCAAUUAGUUUUUUAUCCUUCGUCUUUUACCAACUAAAAUUAUCUUGAUUUGUUAGCUUGAUGAUUCAUAGUUUUAAAUUUUAUCUUCUUUUUAUAAUAAUUCCUUAUAUUUUAUCAUAAAACUUGGCUAUUUUAACAUAAUCAUAUUAAUAGUUUUCCAUGUCAGGGACAUUUUAAAACUCGAAUUCUAAACAUUUCCUGUAAAUUGAAGACGUUUUUGCAACAUUUUUAUAUUUUUCCUACCUCUGUAGAGACUAAUUUUCUCGCACUGAACCAUUUUCAAUCGCGAUAUUUCAAAGGUUUUGACCCUUUUUCCAUGUUUUAAGAAUGAUAUAUCGCCCCGUUAAUCUUAUUGCAAGUGAUACAUACAUCCUUUCACUUUAAAAACAAAUUUGGGGUGAAAAUGCCCCACCCAAACCUGGUGUUUGGGCUGAGGGUGGGGGGCAAAAUAUUUCAUAAUGAAGUCUUUGUUACUGUGAUGUCAUGAACUCCUGAGUGCCAUCCUUCUACUUUUAUCAAGAUUAUUUUUGAAAACAAUUCUGCUGAACAUUAUACCAAAGAGAUCCAAAAACAAAGUGAAAAAGCUAUAAUUAGUAAAAAGUUUUGAUUAUCCUCAAAAUAUUAACUACAACUGCUGAUUGAGUUUUUCGAGUUGCAUAAGCAGUUUGCAUUGAAAUAUUUUAUUAUGAAGAUUUUAAUUAGUAGAAAGUAUUGUUUUCACAUGUAUUUUAGAUUUUUCGAAGAGUCAUUAGUAUUGAAUUAUUUUACUGGAAUGUUUAGUAUGGUUUGAACUCAUUUUAGUAAAGCUGGUCAAAUAUCCAAAGAGCAGGGUGUUAAUUAGGUACCUAAUUGGCGCCCUGCCAAAAAGUAUCGAAGUUCGAGGCCGGGAUUCAGCUAAAGYAGAACUUCUAUUAAACGUGCCAAGUUGGUUAAUGAAUAGGAGGUUGCCGCUUAGUAAGGGGUUUAUUGAUAUGGACUAGUGCAAUAAAGCGUCCUUUUGGGACUUUGGCAACAGGCCGCUAAUAGAGGCUUGUCACUUUAUAGGUGGUCGGUUAAUAGAGGUUUGUCACUUUAUAGGUGGUCGGUUAAUAGAGGUUCUAAUGCGAAUGAAAAAGGUUGCGAGAGCAAAAGAGUGAAAACGAACAUGGAGGCAAUCAAUGCUGUUCCUUAGUAUAUAAUAAUCCUUUUUGGAUUUAUCGGUGCAACGCUUGAAAUUCUUUUCUAAUAACCGAUUUCUUUCCAUCAUUUGCUUUCAUUUCUAGCUCGUAUGCAUUGAAUGAUGAAAAUAAAUGUAUUUCCCAUGUUCCUCGUUGACAAUGGCUAACUUGUCUCUGACAUCAAGGAAAACUGGUAUCGUAGUCACCUCGCACAGAAUUGUGGGUCUGAAUCAGAUUACUGCAAGAAAACGAAGGCUCCUAAUAAUCAGCCCCAGAAUUCCAUGCGUCGAAUUCGUUACCAGUCUACCUUGAAGUCUAGAGGAAAAGUCCACAGGUAUUCCAAACUUGGGUUGGGGCCGUUGUCUCAGAAGGUGUAAAUUUUCAUUUUUAUAGCUGCAUUACUUCGAAAUCUAAAUUUUAUUUCAAAUUUGGGUUCAUUAUAUCAUUUCCAGUAGAUAAAACUAAAGAAUUGUAUGCAAAGAUAAGAAUGCAUUUCUAUGCUUUGGAUGUACAGUGUUAAAAUAGCUUUUAAAAUAUUAGAAUAAAAUAAUUAUCUGUAACAAGU